AUGGAUAUCAAACGAUAUUACAGCGCCCUGGAGACCCGCCUGGGCAAUUGGGUCCUUUUCGGCGGUCGCGCCCAUCUCGCCUACUACGAGCCCAGCACCUGGUGGCCCUUCCCCAUCCAUCGAGCCCUGCUGGCCAUGGAAGACCACAUCUACGACUCCCUCAGUGUCAACGACAACCGUCGCGCGCGCGUGCUUGACGCCGGCUGCGGCGACGGCCAGGUCGCUAUCCACCUGGCUGCCAAGGGCUUGCGCGUGCAUGCAAUCGACGUGUUGGCGCAGCAGGUCCAGCGGGCGCAACGGAACGUCCGUCGCGCAAUCCUCGCGCGGUCGCAGUCGCAGUCGCGGACCCUCAAGUCCAAGCAGGACGACGAUCCGGUGGCGCUGGACAUCACCGUUCGGCAGGACGACUAUCAUCAUCUGGUCACUGUUCAGACGGCUUCGCUGGAUGGUAUCUAUACCAUCGAAACGUUGGUGCAUGCGUCGGACCUGAUUGCCGUGUUGACGGAGCUUCGCCGCGUGUUGAAGCCCGGCGGCAGGGUCGCUUUCUACGAGUAUGACCACUGGGCGGCGGCGGCGCAGGAGCGAAAGAGCGAGGCCGAAAAGACGUCCCAGGCGGAUGAGAAGGUGCGGGAGUACGGCGCCAUCGCGUCCGGGUCGACUGAGCAGCAGCAUGAAAGCCUGGCGCGGAGUCUGAUCCAGGCGGGAUUCUGCGAUGUCCAGGAGACGGACUUGUCGAGGAACGUGCGCCCGUUGCUGCGGGUGUUGGUGACGCUGCUUUUCAUUCCGUGUAUGUUAGUUUUGGCUCUCAGGAUGGAGGCCUACUUCAUUAACACGAUUGCCGUCGUUGUCAAUUAUCGGCGCGGAUGGAAGUACGUGGCGGUGACGGGGAGGAAGCCACUUGAGUCGGAGGAUCAGUAG